AUGCUUUGCCUUAUCUUAUAUUCUCAUUUUCAAAAAUUUUUAAUGUAUUAUUCGCUUAUAAACGAGCAAGAAGUUAUAGAUUCUUCUAUAAAUGUGAGUUUGCCCAAUGCGACUACUGAAAGUGGAGUAGAAGCUAAACCAAAUAAUAUGCCUGCUAGUUCAACUGAGGAAAUUGUCAGUUUACAUGAUAAUAGUGUAGAAGAGGCUAAUUCAACUGGGAUAAUUAUUAGUUUACAUGAUAAUAGUGUGAAGCCUACCAAAGAAAAACAUUCUUUCCUAGGAAAGGUAAUUACCAUGAUAUAUGCGGACUUCCUUAUUCCUUUUACGCUUUUUCUUUCAUUAGUACACUACAUUAUGUUCUUUAUGAUUAUUCUAAGAGCAGAAUUUAAAAAUAGCCAUGAAUAUAUUAUGUACGAAAGUCUUAAAAAGUGGUUGGAAGAGUAUGACAAGAUAACUUAUGUUAUAAUUCUAAUUAUUAUUAAUUAUUUGUUAUCAAUAAUGUACCAUUUAUUAUUAGAAAAGGAUUUCUUUUAUACCCAGGGAUUCACUAGAUCCAAACUCGUAAUUAUCGUUUACUAUGGAGUCUUGACACUUGCAGCUAUUGCAAUAGGUCUAGUGUGGGGUAUUUAUAGCACAUUUAAGCUUUAUCUUCUAUCAACAGCCCUUUUGUCUCUUACAAAGCUUUUUAUUGCACUUUUCACGGCACUUUUCCUGAUAUUUGGCUCUUUAAAGAAUGAGUUGAAAAAGAAGUAUGAUACGUCGUCUAUAAAAAAGUCCAAAUUAGUGCUAUUAGCUACUAUGAUAUUUGGGUUCUUCUUUAUCUCAUAUGGAGCUGACCUAUUCUUCUUGAUUUCAGCCUUAGAGUACGUUGAGCUGAAUUAA